AUGAUGUGGAGAAGCAGACCCUCAUCCACCAGAGGAGAGGAUAUCCAGCGCCUGUUUGACACCUACGCCUCAGGCUCCACCUCUUUGUCUGCGUCUGGUCUUCUCCGCUUCCUCCAUGAAAAACAACGUGAGCCGUCAGUCACCAUGGAGCAGGCCGAGGCCAUCAUCCACCUUUAUGAAAGGGAGAACAACAACAGGAGUAUGUCGUUGGAUGGGUUCCUGCGCUUCAUGGAGUCCAAACACUGCACCCUCUUUAACCAGGCUCACAAGGAGGUGUACCAGGACAUGGGCCAGCCGCUCACCAGCUACUUCAUCUCCAGCUCACACAACACAUACCUGGCCGGAAAUCAAAUAGUGGGACACAGCAACCUGAAAAGCUACGAGAACGCCCUGACAAACGGCUGCCGCUGCCUGGAGCUCGACUGCUGGGACGGGCCCAAUCUGGAGCCCAUAGUGUACCAUGGCCACACCCUGACCACCAAGAUCCUGUUCAAAGACGUAGUCCAGACCAUCGAGCAGCACGCCUUUGAGGUUUCUGCGUAUCCCCUCAUUCUAUCACUGGAAAACCACUGCUCCAGGAGGCAGCAGGAGGUUAUGGCCCACUACCUGGUGUCCAUUCUCGGGGACAAACUGCUGAGCGCUCCCUUGGCUCACCCCACGACCGGAGACCUGCCCAGUCCAGAUGAUCUCAAGUUUAAGAUUCUCAUUAAGAAUAAGAAGCUACAGAAUGUCAGUAGUGAGGAGCCCAGGCAGUCAUUACAAGAGGACAGUGCAGAGGACGCGGAUGAGGAGGAGAGCGAUGAAGACGAGACAGACACAGACGAUGAUGGAAAGAAAAGCAAAAAACUCAAGGAUAAAGUCAAGUUCUGGUCCCACAAAUCCACAAAGAGAAUUAAGAAGAAAAAAAAGGCAGUGGCAGCGGCACUGUCUGAUCUGGUCAUCUACACCAGGUCAGUUAAGUUCAGCAGCUUCAGUUACUCCAGGGACAACCAGAACAGCUUUGAAAACACAUCCAUGUCUGAGAAGGUGGCCAGGAAGUUAGUCAAAAGUGCAGGUGCAGACUUUGUUGCUCACAAUCAGAGGUUCUUGAGCAGGAUCUACCCCGCAGCUACACGGACAGACUCCUCCAACUUCAACCCACAGGAGUUCUGGAACGUUGGAGCACAACUCGUGGCCCUUAAUUUCCAGUCGCGCGACCUUGCUAUUGACCUCAAUAAUGGCCGUUUUUUGGACAAUGGAGGUUGCGGUUACAUCCUGAAGCCAGAGGUUCUCAUGUCCAGUCGUAAAUUUGAUCCGGCAUCACCAUACCAUGAUGCGAGGCCCAGACAGCUGCAAAUACAGGUGAUCUGUGGGUCACAUGAGCCCAAAAUGUUACGUCCAGCUUACUUCGUCCAAGUGGAGGUCCAUGGAGUGGCCUGUGAUGUCAGCACGGACAAAACCCACACAAACAAAAACAAUUCCCGGGAGCCGUACUGGGGAACCGUGAUGAACUUCACCGUCACCAUUCCAGAGCUGUGCCUGAUCCGCUUCUGUCUGUUUGAGCGCAUCAACCUCUUGAGCAGCGUCUCUGUGGCCCACUUCACCCUGCCUCUUCUCAGCAUGAUGCAAGGUUACCGCUGGGUGCCCCUCCAAGCCUUGGACGAAAACGACACAGAUCCAGUCUCUCUUUUUGUUCAUGUUCGCUUUUCAUAA